UGAAGGUGAAAAGGCUGAUUUAAACUCCUCUCUACAAGAUGACGACCCCGUGUGAGUUUUUCACAUUAUAUGAAAUUCGAGCUCCUUCUCAGUUGAACAACAAGCUAAAAAAAACUCAUAAGCAUAAUUAUGUAGAAUUACGUCUCCUGGUGCUGAUUUUAUGAUAAUUGCUUGUUGAUCUUUAACUAAGUGGAAGUUUAACUUGCUAUAAUUUUCGAUUUGCAACGUGGAUUUGUUUUAUGUAUUGCUUUCGGACUGAACGUUUUUUAUGACAAUUACAAAUACUAAUACCCGAUUGAUGUGUUUCCUUCCGUAUUCUACUAAAUCUAAAUCUAACUAAAUGUUCAUCAUGUUCAAAAAGUAAGAAUCAUGCCCGAGGACGUCGAAAACUCUAGGGGAGAAGGGCUGGGCCUCCCAUCCCCAGAGGAACAGGAUCUUAACAACAUGCAGCUGGAGGAAAAUAGUAGUAACAUCAAUGCGGCACAUGAUCUUAACAACAUGCACCAGCUGCAGGAAAAUAGUAGUAACAUCAAUGCGGCACAUGAUCUUAACAACAUGCAGCUGCAGGAAAACAGUAGUAACAUCAAUGCGGCGCGGGCGGGUCUUCAUCCUUUGACUCCCGGUGGUUCUUCGCGGCGAGGUGCUGUUGACCUGCAGCUUCAGGACGAGAAGGAAUCAGGCGACAAGAACGAGCGCUUGCUGGGUAGCACUCCACCACGCGCUUUCAAGAAGCGAAGGUUGCUCAGUCCUGAAGUGGACCAUGCAGAGGAUGAAGAUCAACUUCAUCAACAGCAUCGUGGUGGCCCCUUUUGUUCCGCAUUUGAGCAAGGUGAGGACGAUCAAGAAGCUCAACAGGAGAUGAUGAAGAAGUACAAGAACAACAAGAAGAACAUAAAAAAUGUUGUCGAGGAUGGAUCAUCAUUACCUGUUCAAACUCUGUCUUGUUCAAACUCUGUCUCUGAUACAGCGUCAAAGAUGAAUGGAGGGAGCCUUCUUGAGAGGUUGAAUCCUCGUGGCCAGGGCCGUAUAGUUGACCAGGAGGAACAAGGACACGAAGAGCUGCAAACGACUGCAGCUUUCCACUUUUAAGGGUAGACUAUUAAGUACUAUCCCGUGUGUGGGCUAUUCUGACGAGUGGACGAGUCCUCGUGGACUCGAUACGAAGGGGGAACGAUACGAAGGGGAAAAGAGGGCACUUCCAAUAUUCUCGCACUCGACUCGGGAUAGUCUAAUAAAACCACCGCUAAUCAUGACCACAGGAUGAAGAAUCACGCACGGCGCGGGCAUUUUUGCAACCGUACCCUGAAAUGGCAACCCCAGUCUCAGAGUAUCGCGUGGCUAUUUCGAACCGGCGCGUUUGUUCCAUUACGUUGGAGUCAGGAGAACGGUUUGAUUGGGCCACAAGGUUAAGGCUUGCUCUUGAGUCCAUUUCUUCUUCUAACUCUAAGAACUCUAUUUCAAUGUAUUUGAGGAAGAUGAUCCCUCAAGAACAUCAGUAUAUCAAUGGUUCCGGUUCCGGUUUUUGCUAUUGCUGGUAACCUGAUUUUGAUCAUAAGGGAAAAAUUUUUUAUGUGAAAUUUAAAGCUUGCUUUAUUGAGAUUUAAAUACGAGUGCGCGCAGUGCGCGCUCCCCGGGGGGCAACGCCGGGUAAAAAAGGUUCCACCUGCUUAGUGCGUUUAGCUGAGCGCCUGCCAGCGAUGGCGAGGCACUCGGGAAGAAACAUUCUGAGUCCACCCAAAACGGGCGGACAAUGAAGAGACCAAGCCUCUAAGCGUCAAAGCACGCGUUGCCAAAAAACGGCAGGAAAAUACUAGAGUAUUUGCGUAGAACACGCCAUGCAACUAAGUGCACACAUGAAUCAGCUAAGCGUUCGAUUUGUCCCUACCUGAGUCUUGCUUGCCCGCCGCCGCAGGCGCCUCGCCUAGCUGCCUCGUAGCGCACGUAGAAUUUAAAUAAUCAGAUUACUUGAUUCUUUUGUAUUUUUGUUUCCUAGUUAGGUGUGUUCCACCGAUAUCAUAAGCGAAAACCAGAAGAGAAUCUUUGUGAUCGAAUUCAGGUUACCAAAUACCGGAGCCAUUCAGUACAAUGCGCCCAAAUACUUACAAGGGGAGCAACUGCAUUGAGAGGCAUACUACACUUGAGGGAUUUAUUGUUUCCAGCAUAGUAAUCCAUUUCCAUUCCGACGCGCGCGUGCGAGAGGUCUUCGUCUAACAAGGACCGGGACGAUGGUCAAACACGGCACAGUCUCGGCCACAGGUAAGACCCUUGUGUUCGCGAAGGGGGUGAAGGUGGUAGACGACAUCAAACCGGAAACCCUGGUGAAAACGAUGCUGGAAACCAAAGGGGCGCCAUAUCACUUCAAGUUUACAAUGGCGGUACUACUUGAAUAAAUGUUGAGACCUUGAUGAACAAGAAGAGGAAAUUUAGGAUUCGAUUAGAAUUAACUAGAAGUACAAGUUAAUCAUGUUAAGGCAUACACUUCCUCUUCCAAUCCAAACUACGGCUGCCUACAGUUUCUAACUAAUAAUUGUUCAUACUGGCGAGAUACUUUUGAUAGCGCUUCUGAGGAAAGCCUCAUCAGAUGACAUCUUUCGCUUCAUCUACAUCUUCUAUCUUCACCUCUAGGAGCGCAAAAAGCUAGAGGCUGCGGCUGGUUUUGCUGCUCGAAAGGACGAAGAAGAGGCUCAUCGGUGGACGAAAGUUGCGCAGGAGGAGGAAGAGUUUAUCUGGAAUGACGGCUCUCCCAAAUGGCAGAAGAAGUGCAAGAAGAAGGUGGAUCCAAAGACGCACAAGUUAAGAAUGCUUCACUUCUGCACCCCUAAAGCCCUAAUCCGUCGCGUCCAGAAAUAACCGAUUUGCUGACUGAAAUAUAAGAAAGUCUUGACUACACUUCUCUUCCUUCGGUAUCUUCUCCAUUAUUCCAAGUAGGUAGUCGGUUAUUUCAGUUUUCAUCAAAUGUCGGUCUUAGUCGGUUAUUUCGUCUCGAGUCUCAUCCUCGGAAUCCUCUGUCCCAUAAGCAUCACUCAGGGGAGAGAAACCGAGGAUGCGAGAUCAUGAGUCGCUCCAAAAAGAUGUCGGAUUAGGGUCCUCGUGCGCUGCUGGCCCUAAGAAAACCACCAGCAAGAAGAGGCCCAGACCGUGAGAGGCAGAACCGUCAAGAAGGAGAUAAAAUUUUUGCCGAUGUGUACAAGGCCUUGCACCAAAAAUAUUAUACCACUAGCACAACUACUACUUCUUCUAGUUGUACUACUGAAAAUUAAGGGGUGGAAGUUGGCGUAUCAUCUACGAGCAUUGCUAUGGCUUCUUCAAGUAGGGAAGCCAUAGAUAUACGAGCCAGAGACGCCAUCUCUCAAUCGCUAAGGAAAUAUAUCGUCGAACUCGAAAUGCGGGAAGAGUAGUAGCAGUAGUGUAGUUGACAAAAGCAUGAAGACCUUGCAGCUUGUUUUCUCGCAAGCGGAUUUUGCUGAUUGGUUCGCGCAUCUGCCGAAGAACGCCCAAAGCAUUUUUAACGAUGCAGCGCAAGCACAGCGACAUCCGGAACGGUACCAAGAUGUUGAUCAUCAUGUUUAUCGUGCUGUAGGACCACGAGGAGGUGAGCAGUGUAGUGCAUCUUCCUCUUCAUCUUCGAAGAAUGUUGCAGGUGCAGAGAUGGGACGGCAGCGGCACGCAGAGAUGGGAUCCCCGCAGAUGUUAUUGUCGGAUCCAAACUUCUCUGUAGAAAACCGUGCAGGAAGUUUUCGUGAUCCCUCUAUGCUAGGCGCCGUCGGAGCCUAUUUUUCGUCAGAUGAUAACAAACAACACCGAUGCUUCACUUUGUAUGAUUGAUGCCACACAUUUUUGAGAACGAAGAUAGGAGAAUGUCGCUCGUCCACCUAAAUAAGAAGAGCGUAAAUAAAUUAUGAGGGGCGGCGCGACAUUGAAGACUCCCCUAUCGUUCGACAUUCUCAAUGAGUGGAAACAUUCACACCUUGAGCCGCGACCUGCUGUCGUACUUGGCCCUUGGUGGAUCACGCGGAAACUCUUACUUCAGGUGCAACAGCACCCUCGUUAAGUCUGCGGACGAAAACGGACGACUUUACAACAACUUACACAAGCGACCUCUACGAGUUUAAGGCUGAAAAAUGCAAUGAUUCAGAAGUUCCUUCUUUAUUGAGCAAUUAAUAAUUUGUUCUCCUUGUUAGUUUGCUUCUCAGAAGAAUUGGAAAUCAUGUAGGCAAGCGCAAGAAGUGAAGAAUUCCUUUGAGCUGCUCUAACAAGUGUUAGGCCGCCAAUGGGAUCGAGGUGGCGAGACGCUGGCAAGCGCGACUGGUUUCGGUGUGCAUUGCUGCAUCCUUCCUAUUGUACUUAAGGCUACCUUCCGUAAUUCAUUUGGAGAAGCAUCUCUGACACCUUUUCAAGGUCAAAAGUUAACAAGAUAAAGAUGCUCUAGUAGACUCAAAGCAAGUUUUUAAAGAUGCUCUAGCACUUGUUCAGGAUCAUGAACAAUUAAGGCACUACUUGUUCAGGAUCAUGAAUUAAGGCACUAAGCUCUAAUGUGCGUGUUUUCGUUUGCCCUGUUCCAGGGAACCAAAUCGGAGAGAAACCAAGUCCGUCCGCUGGGGCCAAGGUGUCUUUCCAAGUGGAGCUGAUCAACGUAGGGGGGCAGCUGGUGUACGAUUUGCAAGCAAAAAUGAGGUUUCCUUGCAGGAGCCUCAAGGCCAGCGUCUCGGUUCAGAUGCAGAUGGACACGCAGUACCCGUCGAAGGCGAUCAUGAAGGACGCCGCGGCCCUUCAGGAUAAGAGUUGUAAGACGAACCACACAGGCGGAGAGGAACAAGAUGAAGCAAGCAGCUACAACAACAGCAGUGCGUACUGGAUUCCGAGCAAUGACGCGGACGAGACGAUGCACCAGCCACCACACUGGAGCCCUGAGCAUCCUUAAGGCUUUCAGCGCAAAUUCAUCUUGAAGGGCAUCGUGAGCACAUUGAUUCUUGGGGGAAGAAGGUCAAAGAUGCACUUCAGGAGGAAUAUUUGGAAUAUCUAACAUCCGCUGCGGCCCGAGCAACUCCGUGCGCUUGGCUGGUUAACGAAGAAAGAGCGCGCCGUGGACCACUUCAAGUGCGUUAUCCCGAUCUUCAAUGGUAGAGCGGAUCUCCUAGACGCGGACGCGCUUACGUCCUCGAACAGCAGCGAUGGAAAAAAGAACGCGAAGAAGCAGCCAAUGAAGAAAAGAGCGAAAGCUGAGGAAGGCAACAGUACUAAGAAAGACUUGCCUAGCGGCAACCUAGAGGUCGUGGACAACGUCGAGACCAAUGGAACCAACGACCGCGGCGACGACGACAGUAAGAACAAUGCUGAAGCCGGGCCGGCGCCACCGAGUAAGUCCAGCAGCACCGAGGAAGCGGAGGAGCGCAGCAUCAUAAUCAAGAAGGAUGAAGCUGAAGGUGGCAAGCAAUCGUGGUGCGCGUACUCUGAACUGGAAGCCGAGUACCUGGUCCGCGGCGGCCUCCUCUGUGAUAAGCCCGGCCACGGAAAAACGGCGACGAUGAUCGGCGUAGUACUGUAUGGCGUCGCUCAUCCCUACGGCGAGGCGUUCGAGCCCGAUCCAGGUUGUUUCAGUGCGCCGGAGACCACUCUGAUUUUGGUGCCGAAAAGUUAAGGCCUACUCUAAUACUUCCAAAACCCCUCGCGAUCCCCAUAGAGUCCCCUAGUUUCUAGGGGGUUUAAAGGGGCGCGCUUCGCUUGUGUCCUCUGCCUGGUAAGUUAAACUCAGGGCCCUGAGUCGUAGUUGAAGCAUCUCAGACUUGUCCCUUACGGGGAAAAUAGGCCUAAGAUGAAGCCCGCGAUUAGGGUCGAGGGUGAGCUCUAAAGAAAGCUAGUGCGCCAAUGGGAGGAGGAGUUUGAAAAAUUUUGCGAGAAGAACUUCUACAGAGACCAGCUAAAGAAAAGGAUCCGCGUGGUGGAGACGGUUGAGCAGUAUCAAAAGCUGUCCGUCAAAUUAAGGCGUUUUGUCCGCCAAAUUCAUUUUACUUCGUUCUAACUAUGUGCUGUCAAUAUCUCUCCUUCUACAUGUCAUGGUGGAGACGGCUGUGCAGGAUCCAUAACCUAUGCAUAGCCUAAGUAACGUUCUCUCCUCUCUCACUCUGCUUCAUCCAUUAAACCUUCUGGCAUUUAUCUCAGCCUUAAUCCGUUACUGCGCUUCUUCUAUAUUUAUAUAAUCGCAGUCACAAUCUCUCAUAUAAUUAUAUAUAUAAUGUGAUCUUCUAGUUCUACUUUUGGCUUCGACAAAAUCGUAUUGGUUUAUGUCUGAAGGCGUUCUUAAUCUUAAACGCCUGAGCAACAUUGUCUCAAGAAAGAUAAUUGCGCAUGGAUUGUCUCGCCAUCAUUCUCAUUGCUUGAUUGCACAUGGAUUGUUAUCGCUCGACCAUGCUCCCUCUUGUUAUCGGACGAGCGAUAAGUUAUUAACUUUAACAAUCUAUGAAUGGUUAUGGUAUCGACUGAAAAUAUUUGUUAUCGCUCGUUGUUAUUGUUAAUUGCGCUGAUGACUUUUUCUUUUCUUCUAAUCCAAGACAUCCAGAAUACUUGGGUUUUGCUGAUGCCCUUCGACGUACCCUUCCACAGCAAGCUUAAGGUGCGGGCCAGGGGUCUCACUUUGGUUAAGGAUGGGGUCACAGUUUGUCUCUGCGCCAUGAAUAUCGUGGACUGCGACUAUGUAUGAUGAUGCUGAGUGGGGUUCCUUUUCUUCGUUUAUAUAUAAGUAUGCAAGUAGCUUUAUAUGUUUAAGGUAGAAAUAAAAGGGGAACUCCCUCGAGCUGCAUCACUGGGCAAAGUCGUGAAAAACUAGCGCUAAAUUGUGAGGGGGGUAUAGCGGGUACGCGCGCGAUGUGCCAUUCACACCGGCAAGCUGCUGUAUGCGCCUCCUGAGACACGCAACCUACUUGUUCAAACAGCAUGUUUUAGAAGAUCAAGAAGUACAAGAUGCGAAGAAGAACAAGAAACAAGUUGUUGCCAAGAAGAACAAAAAAAACAAUAUUACAACAUCUAAGGCUUGAAGACGUCCAUCCAUCUUCUGCAGCAUCUUCUUGGCCUUCCUGUUUGUGAAACAAACAAAAGAGCAGGCAGGAAGAUGCUCAUCAAGAUGGACUUCUCACUUCUGCAAGGUUUAACUAUACCUCUACUAAUGCCUCUACUUAUGGCUACCGUCAACCCAUCUUUUACACCAUCUUUUAGUCAGUUCCUUUUUGGACUAGACUGAAAGAUGUUCUAAGAGAUGGGCCUGCGGUACCUCUAAUCUAGUAGUAAAGCUAAAAGUAAAACCGAAGCGGAGAAGCGAUUUGAGCAGGAGGACGCCGAGUUGCGUGCUCGCCUCCGGUCCUACAGAAAAGCCCGCGAAUGGCAGGACGAGCGACACAAAGUAGAGGAUAAAAAGAAGGGCUACGCUUAAGGCUACUCUUCUUGAGUUCAAAUCAAACUAUAAUUGAGGCUACUUUAUUUGAGUUGAUACUAUAAUUCGAAAACUGUUUUCCUUUUCGAAUUAUAGUUGUAUAAGAAAUCCAUCUUCACACUAGUAGUGGUAUUAGGGAUGCGAAUGAAUAAUCUUCACACGCAUCCGAUCGUGGUCUCGUAGUUUUUGAAGGAGAACAAGAUGGAUUUAUGUUAGGAGGUCUAAGCUUACGAUUUUUGGGAAUUUUACGAUGGCGGUUACGAGUACGUUUGGAAAGAAAGGCAGAUGCUGUUAAGGCUGUAGCUAAUCCAUCUGUCAAGUGCAUCCUUGAAAAAUAUGGGCGAGAAUGGCAGGACGAAAAUGCUCUCCCAUAUUGUUCAAGGAUGCACUUGAAAGAUGAAUUACGAACAGCUCUAACAAUGAAUCCGCACUACAGAAGAAAUUUCGAGCCAGGUGGCGCCUUGCACGACCCCAGCGGACCCAAUUGCUGGCACACCCAACGCAUGAACUUCCGUAAUGCUUGUGGCCAGAAUAACCAGAACAACUACAACCUCAAGCACCUCCAGAACAAUAAUUACGGCGCCACUUGUUCUGGUACAGCAACAGCUUGAACUUCUAGUUAGACAACUCUACUUUCUCUUACUGCAACUAGAUGACAAUUAUACAGAGGACAGCAAAUAAGUACGCAGGAGAAUGAUUUAUUCCCGUUUUUGCAAAACGGUAAUCAUUCUCCUACUUAUAUAUGUACGCUGUAGAGGUAGGAAGUAGUGAGUAGUCGUCCUCUAUACCCCUGGAGUGGGUUGUAAAUGAUGUAUUCACUCACGACUCACUCGCGCACGUUUUUCUUGAUGUUUUGCGUUUUUUGUUGUUCUUUUGUUUGAAACUCUCACUCACUGACAUCACUGUGUAGUUGUUAGUAAAUAUUCUCUCACUCUCACUCUCACUCUCUAACGAUGUGGUCGCGGUAAUAAGCAGCAGCAACAAGCCGGGAGAAGACGACCUCUGCAGCCAGAAUUCACUACGCGCGAAGUCAGAGAGAGGCAGAGCACAGGUUGCUGCGUUCCGGAAAAUUUGCGAUGCGACGCGGCGAACCUCGUCUUUCCGGUGUUAGAACAGAUCAAAUUUGGACGCAUUGUGUAUGACGAGUUUCACGAGUCCGAGUCUUUCAAGAGCCAGGAAGUUUAAGGCUUUUUAACUUGACUCAUCGUAAGAAAGAAGCAUCUCGCUCUCUGGCCUCUUGUUUUGUAUGUAAGUAAGCGGCACAGGGACAGGCGUCAGAAUGAAACGAAUGCUUUUCAUCAAGAAUGACGAGUAUAGCUCUAGGCAAGGUCUUCUAAGAAGUCCAUACUCUGUGUAAUUUGCAGGCGCACGCACGAUUCGGGUUGACCGGCACCCCGAAGCAGGAAGACACGCGCAGCAUCGUGGCUGCCGCCAGCUUAUUCCAGGUGGAUUUCGUUGGACAGGACGCCGCGGACGCGGUCAUGCUAAACAAGGUGUAAGGUGGCUCCUUCAAGAUAGAGUAAAAUCGAAAUCCAUCUUAGCGAGCAUGUCAUUUAUAUCAAGAAGGGGACUACAAUUAAAUAAAUUAUGGCCAGGGGCAUCAGUAGAAUCACGGAAGGUCUAUCAAAAAUACUAACUACUGAGUCUCGACGCAAGAGCAGCACUGGUUGCAUGUGUCAAGCUCUUUCUUCUAAGAAAUAGAGUACACGUCUAGCAAGUAUCUUGAUCUUCUUCGCAGCUGUGGAGAGAAGGACCUGUCAAGGGUCUGGGCUGAAAAAUUGAACGUCGACUGGCGAAACAUUCACGCAGAGAAAUUGGACGAGUUUUCUUUUGUUAUGGCCUCACUCACUCUUACAAUUAAAAAUCCAUUCGCAUUCCAUCUUUUUGUUUUAGUUUAUCAGUGAUCAGAGUCGUGGGAUCAUCUAAUGUUAGGGAGGAUCGGCACUUCGGCUCGAAAGUCGUUGACGCGACAACGGUCCGCCGGUUUUGCAAUUGCUGCGGGGAACCCCACGAGGAACAGGAAGGGUCGCCGAAUAAUUAUAAAGGUGAACGAAGAGGAAGUGGCAACUUGAUGACCUUUGACGACGAACUAGUGCAUAUACAUGGGAGCUUAUAUGAUCCAGAAUUCAUAUGCGCUUAUUGUGGGGAGAAGAACCACGUCGCGCCGCGCAUGCUGCAGGUGCAAGGUUCUCGUGGUGCGGCCGCGGCGGCAAAUAACAAGGCCAAGACGUCGAGCAAGCGACUCCGCAAUGAAGAUGCUCAUCCUCCUGCCCAGUACAAAGUAUUUGAGCGCGAGUUCUUGCUCCAGCGCGCGGCAUUCCUCUCGAAGCACGCGUGGGACAGAUCUGCUUACUUUCGGAAAUACGCGCAGGAUUUUGUAGAGCACUUCAUGCGGCAGAACAGCAUCAGUAAGGCUGUAGCUACUCAAUUCAUCUUUUAGUGUGUGUGUCCUUGAAAGGUGUGCUUGGGUAGUCUCGUGCUAUACUAUUGAUUCAAGGAUACAGUAGAAAGAUGGAUGAACACGGAAAGCUCUAACAUCAAGGGCGUGGAGGACGAGAUCGAGGUCGUCGAAAAGCUCAUCCGUGUGGUGUUACAGCCGGAAGAGCGAGUGCUGUACAAAAAUGAGGAGCAGAGCCUGCAAUAUGCACUGGCGUCGUCGUCGGAGGAGAAUUCCGUGUCCGUACUUGAAGUGGAGAGUUUUGGGCUGCUCGAUGACCACCUUGAAGACGAGGAGGUGCACCAGGAGGAUGGAACUACAGCCUCCGCUUCUUGUCGAAAAAGUGUCAAGGUGAUUCAGCACAACAACCAUGAAAAACUCGCGGUUCGCAAAGGUUACCUGAGUGCAGAAGAUCUCAAGAAGCGGACUGCGCUACUCAAACUAUGCUGCCACUUCCAGAACAAAGACGACUCAGCGGGCUCGGCCAAGGAGCAAGUACUUACUUAUUCGCAUUUAGUUUUCCUUUUUCAUUUUUCAAAGCUAAUCGCUGUGAGAUGGUUUCUACUUAGCUACUCAUGCUUGUGAAGACGUGCCGGUCGUGCCUGGGCCUCGAGGUGGAGAUCUUGAUAUUAGAAUUAGAAAGGUCAUAUUCAUAGCUUUUCAAUUCUUCUUCUUGGAGAUGAAACAGAAGAGAUAGGAGACUUACAGCAACUUAAACCAGGUUGCCGCAGUCGCGGAGAAGAAGCGGAAGGAAACGGAGCAGCGGAAAAAGGAAAUCCACAAGAUCAUUCUCAAGAUGCUGUGUUACGAGCGCGCAGCUGCCUUCUUCCACACAAAAAACAUGCCCCGGGUUACAAAAAAUCUGGAGACCAUUACCCUCGACGAUGUGACCGGCAUCUUGAGCACGGUGCUGCAGUUAGACAAGCAAGAGCAGGCUCCAGAUGACUUUGACAGCGACACAAAAGCAAAUAAACACGCUGUAUCAUCAUCUAGUAGUGCUGCUGCUCCUGCUCCUCCACCUCCUGCAGCUCCUCGUGCGGCAAACAUGAAGAAAAGCAACCAAACUUCAACUAUUAAGGCUCGCUAAAGUAAUUCAAAUUCUUUUACUUUUUUUUGUGAUUCAUUUUCAAGGAUAUAGUUUUAGUUUAAAAAGUGUAUUUCUUCUGUCUCCUUCGUCUUGGAUGUCUGCAAAAAGUGAACUGUGGACGACAUGGGUUGCUUGUUUGGGUUCUAAAUCUAAUUCCAAGUCUGUGGAGAGGACAGCGUUCGAAACACUGGUCCAGAGUGCCAAAGAUUUCUGGGCUACGAACGACGCGCUCGACAGCCACGAGCUGAUUGCUGCUGCUUUCGGUAAGAAUAGCUGGCCGCCGGCCAAACAUCUUCUGCAGAAGGUGUUGCGACGAGAUCUCAUGGAGCGGCACAUCUUCGAACGAACAGGCAUGGCGGCAGAAGACGAGCGUGAUGCUGCGGCGCAAGUAGAAUCUACCAAAAAGCUAAGCUCGACGCAGUGGCCACUCACUUUAAGCGGAAUACUAGACUAUCUUUCGCUACUUGGCACACAUUCCUCACACAGGAAAUCCGAAGAGAUGGACUUAUCUUAACCUCGAGCGCUACUAUGUAUAACUUGCUAGAAAUAGAAAUAGGCUAUCAAACUACAACUAGUAAAGUAUGCCUCGUAUAAGAAUAAGCAUGGCCUGCUCUAAGGAAAACAGAAAAGCAAUUUCGUGCCGAGGUGGAUGCUGGCUUGGGAGUGAUUUUCGACGACUUUGAUGAGUUUGUCGCAGGUUUCUGGCUAGACGAGGAGGUGAAAAAGAAGAGUCGACUUGUGAAGGCGCGACGAGAAAACGAAGAACUGCAAGAGCAGAUCAAACGCAGCGAGAUGGAUGACGAGGGAAACUUGGUGGACCCCUUCAACGAGGACGAAAUCAUUAAAGCGAAAGAUGUGAAUCGUGCGCGAGUUGCUCGUGCCUGCGAGGCAAAUAUUCGCGACGCGAGCAAGCGGCUGCUGGAUCCGACAGAUUUGUCCGUGGUGCACGUCAGUGUGACUCAGAAGAAGGGUAGCAAGGCUGAGGACGAGGAGGACUCGAAAAGCGAUCGAGCGGCCGAAAACUGGCAAAGGCUAGUAAAGCCACUGCUCGACGAAAACCUGCAUUACAGUUAUGGCUUACAGUAAGCGUUGAAGCGGAGAGAGCAGCCCAGUGCUGGCAAUAAUGCAUCCUAAGAAGCAUCUUGGGGCUGGGCCCCUUUUUUAAGAGGAAAAAACGACAUCAAAGACGCUGCUCUUCUAGGUGAGUAGACGCAUAAGUGGCCUCUAAUACAAGCACGCCAAAAACUACGCGAAAGGCAUCACCGACCUCAUGAGGCUGGGCGCUAAAUUGAAGGAGGAGCUAUCGAAAACGGGGAUCGAGAUCAAAGAGACUAUGGACGCGGAGUUUGCCUUUCAGCGGCUCUGUUCGGUGUCUGAGGGCAACUUAAACUAUUUUUAAGGCUUCUUGUUGACGAAGUCGGAACUUUUAUCCAUCUUGUCUUCCCCAGCAUCUAUCUUGAAGAUCCCACUCUUGUGAAGGGCAAUUAUGAGCACCUCCAAGAUCAUCCUGAUCAAGAUGGAGUUCUUCUGCAAGUUCUAAUAUUUCAAAAGUGUGAUGAGUUCUGACCAACUCGCAAUUACAGACGGUGACAGCCAGGAAAUCGAAUGCCCGAUCUGCUUGGAUGAGUUUGAGCCCAAUGGGAUGCUCGUGAUCGAGCGCUGCUGUCACGUCUUCUGCAAAGGCUGCUUGAGUGACCUGCUGAAAAUUAUGGUUCAUAGACUAUCACUAGGCUAUCGCUAUCAUUAUCUACCCAACGCGAGGACGUAUCACCUUAUAUGAUGAGUGGAGUCCUUCUUGCUUUAUUUACUUUUAUGAGGGGAUUCUAAAAUUAAGAAGGGAUAAAAAAGGUGGGAACCUAAGUACAUACUCGCCUCGGGAUCAUACAUAGUGCAAGACUACGACUACCUCUUCUAAAAAUAGUGGCACCGCGCAGAUUUGCCCGACGUGCCGAGGCCCUUGCUCUCUGGAGAAAACGCAAAACUUCGAAGAGGUGCUGCAGUCGUAUCGUGGUUACGAACAGAAAUUCGGGAAAAAAUUCGAACAACAUCAUGCUGAGCAGGACGAGCAGAAGCAGCCACAAGAGAUGAUGGAGGACUCAUCGGCAACGAAGGCAGGCGCAUCCUCGUCGUUUGCGACGAGCAGCAAGCAGGUGUUGCAAAGUGGGGCCUCGUCAUCUUCACUGGGCGGCAUGCUGGGAGGUGCUUGCGAAGGCAAAGUUAAGGGCUGAUGGAAGUUGACCUUUCUAGGAGCAUAUCGACGAUCUUUUUAAGGGGGAGCAAAGGGCUAGAUAUGCGAGUUAGAUUAUAGUACAUAGGCCAACUUACUACAACUACCGCUAAUGCAACACCAACGAAUCCUCACUACCCUUUGCCGAAAAAGAAGCAGAACUGGCUGGAAGCCGAGAGCGCCAACGAGGCCACUCAAAUAGAGUCCGUGUGGAUGAAGAAGAUCAAGCGCAAGGACAAGCAUGGCUCAAAGCUGCACUAUGUGGCAGCACUGCUGGAGAAGAUCCUCACCGAAGAUAAGACGGCCAAAGUGAUCAUCUUUACGCAGUUUUCUGACUUGCAGUGGCAGGUGAUGGAGGCACUCGACGACUACAAGGCGGUGAAAUACACUACCGUCCGCGACCGCUCUGGGCUGCAGGAUUUUCAGAAGAAGCUGAGCGCGGAUUCGGUCGCCCAGUUGGAAGCCGCGGACCCGGAUGCGCUGCAGCUGGAGAAGCGUGUCCUGUUGCUCUCGCUGGAGAAAGUUAAGGGGCUACAGCAAGAAGUAGAGGCUGCCCAAAUGAUCCAUCUUCGCUUGCGGCAUCGUCUCUAGGCGGCCUGCUUUUCAAGGGAAAAGGGGACGAGGCCGAGAGAAGAUGCUAUGAAUGUAAUACUAAUAUCUAGUGAAGACGGAUCUCUCGCUCUCCUAGUUGGUUCUAAGUAAGAAGCAUCCGGAUUGAAUUUGACCAGCGCGAACCAUGUUUUUUUGCUCCACCCCAUGUGCACGGAGACGGUGGACAAAGCCUGCGCGUUCGAGUUGCAAGCGAUAGCGCGUGUUCGACGGUUGGGCCAAACGCGUAAAGAGGUGACCAUGUGGCGCUUAGUCACUGCCGACACUGUGGAACAAGACCUCGUGCUUGAACACAGACAGCAAAUCGACGCAAGAAAAAAGCACAAGGAGGAGCACGCGAAAAAAGUGGCUGCGCGGGAGCUGGCAAGUAAGCAGAAAGAUAAGGCGCUGCAAGCAAAGGUGGGCGCAGCGGCGGUCGUGAGAAACCAGAAUUACAAUAGCUUGUUUUUUUUGGGAGGAGGUCGCGCUGAAGAGAGCAGCAGCGUCAAUUUAUCAUCUUCUACGUGGAACGCAAAUGGAGAUCGUCGCGAUUUUUCAAAUCCAUUCAAUAGCGGUAGCACGAGUGGAGCACUAGGAGGAGGCGCUUCCUCAUCGUCCUCAAGCAGCGCAGGACCCCCUGGCGCAUCUUCCUCUAGUUCCGACGGACACGGAAGAAACGCCCAGGGACAGUUCUUACCAGGAUGGGGCGCUGGAACUUCGUCAACGUCUUCAGGUAGUAAAUCUACUUCUUCAGGACUAGGUCUAGGCGGAGGGGGUGGCGCUUUUUUUGGUGGUGGAUCUUCAUCCUCGUCUUCCAGCAGCGGAAUAGGAAUUGCACCUGCUGCACAAGAUAGCUCUUUUUCGUCCUUCUUUGGCUGCGGAACAAACGGAUACGGAAAGGACCUCCACGCGAGGAGUCUCAACGGCAAUGGAAAUAGUAGGACAUUGCAUGUCAUCCAUGACGAGGACGACGUCAGUGAUAGGAUGGAAGUCGAUCAUCAGGAGGGUGAGGACGGCUCCAAGCCCUUAUUUACUGCCCACGAGCUCGGCUCGAUAUUACAAGACUGGUUGCGACGGGAUGCUGAUGCACUGCUAGAGCGAAAGACAUCCGACGCAGACAGCAAUGCUAAAGAUAGGGCGAGGGGUAUGGACGUCGAUGAGGUGAUCGAGCUCUCGAGUCCUAGUCCUAGCGACGACAGUGCUGCUGACAAUGUUGAUAAGCUACAACAUCGACAUCAAGGUACUGGCGUCCUCGUAGAGGCAGAGGAUCCAGUUGAGAAAUUAGCGCGCGAACACCAGCGGCAAGAGGAUCAUGAUCUAGCCAACGGAAGGGGCGGCUGCGUUGUUAAGGCUAUAAUGGUAACGACCUAUCAAUCUGUAUCUUCUGUAAACAUUAACAUUCAUGAUCUCGUUCUUGGUGGAUCCUUAUUUCUCGAGAAAACAGCUCCUGGGUCAUGUUUUUCGAGGGGAUACUUACUGGAUCUGUUGUCCUAGUUGUUCUCGACUGUCUUUUAAUUCACAUAGCUAUCGCUAAUGAAUGCGGACCAGGGACGAGCGACCGAAAAAACCUCCAGGCGCAGCACCAUCAUCAGAACGCAGAAGCGGGGGGUGGCCUUGUUUCGUCUUUGGUCGCGAUGGGGUUCAGCAAUGCGUUGGCACAGGAAGCGGCGCGCCAUAACAAAGGCUUGCAGGAGGCAGUGGAUUACUGUUUAGCAAAGCAGUUCGAGUAGAGAGCAGGAAAAACAAAAAUUGAUUAUAUAAAGUUUAAUGUAGUUGGAUGAGUAAAUUUUUAAUAGGAUUGACCUAGUAUCGACGUCCUGAAAUGAUCAGUCGUCCAUUUAUUUAAGACCUCGAAAGAAUUUUGAUUGUCAAAAUGGAGAAUUCUGCUCCUUCAUCAGGAAAGCGAAACACAAAAGGACUACCACACUUCUAAUUAUUUCUCCUGGACGAGGUCGUACACGUACACGAUGCGAACAACUCCCUUGUUUCUCUAAUUCAAAGAAUUUAAAUUUUGGUGACCUGGGACGGCUGACACAUAGAUAUCCGACUAUAUUCUACCAACGUUGUAGUUCUGGAAGACGAACAAGAGUCAGCUGCAUUUUCGACAACUUCAACAGGUCCCUAUGCUAGUACAUACACGCGGCACAAACAAAGAUCUUGCUGAUUACUCCUCUCUGUGUAUGGAUUUGGUCAAGAUCGUCAGUCAUCAUGAUCAUUAUCUUCUUUGCGAGGGUCUCUUGGCUACCCAGCAGCAGUAGAAGAUGGCGCUUAAUCUGCAUCUGAAGCUGCUGCCUGCGGCAAACAGGUGAGUACUUAAACAACCUCCUUGUGUCUGAAGUGAAAAAGCACUCUGUUCUAGCAAAUUCUGUUCGGUCCUGG